AUGGAGAAACCGCAGUUAGAACCAAAUGUGGAGAGCGGGAAACCUUUAUCAGGGAAAAAAGCAAAAGUAUACCUGGACACGAUCCUGGUGGAGGAGCUGGGCCAGUUCGGGUUAUAUCAGCUACGGAUGAUGCUAUUCGCUGUAGUGGUGGUAGUGUUCAGCGCGUGGGCAACUGUAGAUCACAUCUUCACUACCGCUAGGAUUAGCACAAGAUGUUUAAUCCCCGAGUGUGACGAUCCAUCCAACACGGAGUUCGCGCCAAAAUGGAUCUUGAACGCGGUGCCCGGCACCAGCGCCACCUCGUUCGAGGGCUGUACGCGAUUCGCCAACGCGUCGUUAAUUAGCCCCGAGGCAAUACACCACACCUGUCCCGCCACCCUCUUCGACCAGCAGCGUACCGUCGACUGUAAGAAGUUCAUCUACGCAAACUCCGAAAGCAUCGUUUAUGACUUCGGGUUGGCAUGCGACGAGUGGCGGCGGUCGCUGAUCGGAACAGUGCGUACGGUAGGCACACUGGUUGCAAUGCCGCUGACGGGGUUCAUAUCGGACCAGCUGGGCCGGCGUACAGCCCUCGUGAUCAAUGCUUUUAACACUGCCUGGAUUGGCGCACUACGCUACUUCGCCAACACGUAUAUAAGUUUUCUUAUGUCCGAGUUCUUUGAGGCUGUUUUCGGUGCAGGUGGAUUUACUUGUACCUAUAUAUUGGUGAUGGAGCUGAUGGGUCCUAAAUAUCGUGUGGUGGGUGGAGUGGUGAUGAACACUUUCUUUGCGGUGGGGCAGGUGACUUUGGGCCUGUUGGCCUGGAUUCUGCCUUACUGGCGGCAACUCACGCUUGCGGUUUAUCUCCCCCAGCUCACUACCAUUUCAUUUUACUGGUUGAUCUCAGAGUCUGUACGUUGGUACUUGAGUAAGAGUCGCUUCGAAGAAGCUGAGAUAGUGCUUAAAAAUGUCGCUCGAAUCAAUAAGAAACAACUAUCAGAAAAGUCGCUUCAGAAGCUCAGAUACAAUGUGGAAGAGGAAAAGAAAAAGCAAGCCCGAGACACAGAAUUGAAAGCUAAGGAACCAUGGUUGAUAGCAGAAGUGUUUCGUCACAAAUCGAUUCUAGUGCGUUGCUUUGUGUCACCUCUGUGGUGGGUCACGGCGACUUUUAUCUACUAUGGGCUAUCAAUUAACUCGCUCAACUUGACGGGGAACAAGUACCUGAAUUACGUGACUGUAUCAGCUGUAGAGAUUCCCGGAUUUUGGAUUGCAUUUCUGUUGCUCGGAUUUGCAGGCAGGAAACCUGUGCUUAUUGGAGGCUUCUGGCUGUGCGCAGCUUGCCAGAUAGCAUUUAUCUUCAUCCCCUCUACGAAUGCCACUGCGUCGUUGGCAGUGUACAUGGUCGGCAAAUGCUCUAUCGCAAUGGUGAUGGCGGCCAUCUACGUGUAUACAUCGGAGCUGUACCCUACUAAGUAUCGCAACAGCCUCUUCGCAUUCUCCUCGAUGAUGGGCCGCAUCGGUGCCAUCCUGGCGCCACUCACACCUGCUCUUGGUGCCGAGGUGUGGGAGCAACUGCCGUUCGAGCUAUUCGGAGGGUGUGCACUGCUGUCGGGCCUGCUAGUGCUGCUCACUCCGGAGACGCUAGGCACGCAGCUGCCUGACACCAUGGAGGAGGCAUCCAACCUUAUUUGUAAACGGACAAAUGCAUCAUAAUCUUUAGUUCAGCAGUUUUCCGUACAAACUUUAUAUUUAGUAAUACUCUGUGAUAAUAUAAAUAAGCUAGCUUUGCCCAUUGUGUAUUUAAUCUGACAACUAUAUACUCGAUUACUUGUUACGAAAUGUUACAUGAUAAGCAUCCGACAUUGUCGGCGAUAACGUUUAUCGCUAGUGUCGUUUUCAAGAAG